CUUCUUCUGCGUCCAACAGCAUAUCAUUGUGCGUGUUCACCGGCGAUGCGAUGUCCCAGUAAAUCUACAAGACAGGAGGAGCAAUCUGUGACUUGAUUGGCCGUAGAACUCGAGAGCCCGAUCCUUCGGUUGCAUUUCAGCUAGCUCCUCGAGUAGUACCUGUCCGGAGUUGCCUAGCACGAGGGCCCUCCACAUAUAAGAAUAAUAAUUCGUCCAGUUCCCAAAGAAGAAGUACAAAAAAAAUGGCCGCAACGACUUCUUCUGCGUCCAACAGCAUAUCAUCAAGCGGUACUAACGGUCCACGGGAGCCGACGAGAGAGCCGGAGUUUGUGGUCCUUUUCGUGGGUGAUGCCAGAGUAGGCAAGAGCUCUUUGAUAUCACGCGCAAGCAAGGGACAGUUCUCAGAACACUAUUUCCCGGGACCGAUUGGACAAAAUUUAUGGCCGUUGAUUAGAGCUGGUCCUUAGUAGAUUAGCGGCAUUCACACUCACGUGAGGAGAUAGAGAAACUCGAAAUGACUAAAAGAAACAUCUCUAAGAACAACGGGCGCAACAGCCUCAAGUGGCAGUACUUCAACAAAGAGCGUCGCGUCAAAGCCUUCUCCGGGUGACGGACGGGCAACGCUCGUGACAAAAGAUGGCCGCUGUCUACACCUGGUCGAGACAACGGCGGCUGACAUUUCUUGGCCGGAUUAUAUACCUCAUUAUGUUCUUGUCGGGGAAAGUAGUUGUGUACUCAUAGCAUCAUCUACGGGUACUAGGAACGGUGCCAUCAGGGAUACAUACAUACAUGGACCGGAAAAAUUGGGCCUCCUGUAAUAUAAGGGUCCCGGUGCUUUUCCCCCUUUAAUCGGACCGGGGCCGCAAAAAUCCCGGGUCCUUAUUUUCCCGUCCCGCGGGGUUCCUUAUAGUUCUGGCGGGGUCCCCCAAAAAAUGGGGCUGAUAUUUCUUGGCCGGAUUAUAUACCUCAUUAUGGUAAAGGUACAAGCACGUUAUCUAUCAUUUUUAUCGUCUUGGUCACGAUCAUCAGUAUAAUGAGUACACAACAUCCUCUUUCCCCUGUCAUACUCACGCCAUCGUAUACAUGUACGACCUGUUAGAAUCGGAGAGCUUCGAGAAUAUUUUAGCCUACUGGGACUCAGAGGUGGAGCGGAGGUACGGGCAUCAGUUAUGAAAGAGCAGAUGGCGCUUAGGUUUUCGUUUGCAAACGAGACGUGAUUUAAAAUUUGCGUUUUUAAUACUUACGGUUUAGUUGAUGUAGACGCUUAGGGCUUUACAGUAGGAGCUACAUCUCGAUCUUCCCCGCUGGAAGAUCUUGAAUCUCGUAUUAUUUCCAGUCUGUUGCAGAAGCAGAUGAAGGAUGUACCACUAUCUAAUGAUCGUCGACAAACAAAUCUUAUGCUGUGGCAGAUGGAGACAGCCGCCAAGACGACCGAACGAUUUAGCUUUUCCAAGAAAAUUUGUAGUGGCAAACAAAAGCGACCUUUUGACACUCGCAUCACCCUGUGUGCCAUUUAACAAAGCGGCGGAGGUAGGAUCCUGCAUUUACCUAUAGCUUUGGGCAACACCUCUCGAACAGGUAAAUGAAUGAGUGAAUAGUUAGUAGAAGUGGUAUUGUUCAUAUAGACAUGAAUUUCAAUUUUCACAAUGAUAAUGCUCGACGAAGGUUGACAUUGAAAAGAAUAAGAAUCAUAGCUGCAGCACCACAUCCUUCUCAACUACCUCAUUUCUAAAGUCUAUCAACAUUAGUACCUUCACUAGCAGGUGUUUAAAAGUGAAAUGGGUGCUCCUUUGAUUGAAGUGUCCGUAAAAUGGAGUUUGAACGUCCAAGAAAGCAUGCAAAUGCUUGCUGAGGAGAUCAAGGCUGCCAUCCACGCGCUAGACCUGGAUCCGUUUAUUCCACCACCACCUGCACCACCACCCAAAACGCCACCUGAAGAGCCGCCUAGGUAUAGAAGAUACCCUGUAAAUUGUUGAUGUGUGAAAUUCAAUCUGGAUAAUUUUUAAUUUCUAAAAAACUGCAGGACGGCCUCUACUGUAAGUCGUGAUUGAUGACUUUGUUUCCCCAUCGCCCCAGAGAUUAUUUGUUUUAUCUCCAUCCAACGAUAGUUACUGUUUGGUAGUCCCUCUGAGGCUACGCAUGUCCGCUCGAGUAUGCAGGUAGAACUGUGGACGGCGGGCCAAAUCCUAUCCUAUCCGAAGCUAAAAUCGUAUCCUAAACGCACUUAGAGAAAAAAAAUGUCAUCAUUAUCGCCAUCGCCAUGCUCACCUCAUGAUCGAUCUAGCACUAGGUCCGACCCCCGAUAUUUUGCCGAAAAUGAUCCGAUUUACCUCGAUUACAAUGGUACCACGCCUAUCGACGUGGAGGUGCAGAACGCGAUGAUGCCGUAUUUGACUGGCCCAGGAGCAUGGGGAAACCCAUCCUCGUCUCACAUAUUUGGCCGUCGCGCCAAAGAGGCGAUGGAUGCAGCGAGAAGCAAGGUUCUGAAACUCCUAAAUGCGGAUCCGAUUAUGGCUAUAGAUAGUACCCUGACUUUUUUCAGCAAAAAGUUCGUACUACUUACUCCACGUGAUCAUGACGGCUUUGGGUAGAUAUGCGUUUCAGCAAUAGAGAGGACAAAUGUACUUAAGUAGAUGUACAACUCCAUUUCGAGGGGUCGUCGCAUUGAUGUUGUCAGGAUAGAUUCCAGGAGUAGGUACAGCUACUUGGAGUAAAAUGUAGGAGAGAUGAAGGUGAACAGAACGUCCUACCUGGAAUAAAGACUUCUGACCACGCGCACCUCCUACACCGCUCUAAUGGAAACACGGACUCGCUUAUUUUCAUGGGAAAUGGCAGUGAAACCAUCACACACACGUUUCUGGGUUGUUUUCAGAACUACUACAAACCAUUGGAGGACGACGAAACUGAGUUCGUGUCUCUUCCCAUUGAUCCACCUACUUCAAGUGGUGAUCCUUCUAGUGUACCUGCAGUACCAGAAAACCGAGGCCGUGGACAUGUGAUCACGCAGAAAACUGAGCACGUCGCAGUUCUAGAAGCCUGCAGGGGUUUGGAGCGACUAGGAGUCGACGUCACGUACCUCCCAGUAGAUCCAGAAUCAGGAAGCGUCAGUGCGGAAGCGGUGGAAGCAGCUCUCAGAGCAGACACAUUUUUUUAGGCACUAUUGUGACCACAAGCAAGAAUUAAGGGUAGGUUAAAGGUGCUUUUCUUGCCGCUUUUUAUGCCUCUCCUAAGGGAGAAAGGCAUAACAAGCGGGGUAAGUGAGCACCAAAAACCUACCUCUAAAAGAACUUGGAAAUGAGUACUAAACUUCUACGAUGAUUUCGGGCAUAAAACUUUUUCAAGUAGUAGAGCAUCUUUUAUCGAGCCUCUUUUUCAAAACAAGCAUUUGGCAUUUAAUUCCUAACAACUUGUCAUCUAAUUUUCAGUAUCCAUCAUGCAUGCCAACAACGAGACGGGAGCUGUGAUGCCAGUGGAAAAAAUUGGCGAGGUGAUAGAAAAACGAAAUUGUCAGAUGUAUUUGGCCGCACAUGAUAUGGAUCAUCAACGGGUCCCGAGCCUGUGGCGGAGGGCUUAUAUCCAAGCGCCUAGACUAGGUCGUAGUAGAGUCAAGCGGCAGGAGGAACGGCAAAGGCAGUUAAGAACUUUAUAAUAGAUCUUUGUGAGGAUCUUCACAUCAUUCUUGCUCUUAUGAUCUCUAUCAGGUACUUAGAAAUGUUGACACUAGUUGCCGUCUAGUAGUCUUCCUUUCAUCAUCAUAAUGGGCGAAGAUUUCCGGCAACAAAGGUACCACAAGGGCUGCUCCUACCAGCCUCCAAUGAGUGAAGAGGUUCACAUUCUUUGGUUCAGAUUCAGAAUUGAUAGUACAUCUAAGUCACCUCUCCGGUUGUUUUCGUGGCAGGCCAAGGAGCCCGAUGCGUGGCGUACAGCCAGGCCACGUAGUGGUGGAGGGUGGCGUGACGGUAACGACGUCGAAAACGAGGUCUCACUCGAGAAGUAGCAGUCGAGGGCGGCGAAGGGCGUCAACUCCAGACUAUACGAUCGAAGCAAACAACAUUAUGGCUUCCCCCUACUCAUCUUCAGAAGCAUUCUGGAGGGGCUUUUCAAGAGGAAAAGGACCCCAGGAUGGGUCUUGACAUGAAUUUGCGCGAGCCCUAAUAUUAGUCGUCACACCGACAACACCAAGAGAAACUACAAUCCUGCGACGUUGCCCGUCCGUGAGUAUUUGACACAUUGUUAUUUUCAUGUCGAUGCCAGUCAAUCUGUCGGCAAACUGCCGAUAAACGUUAGGGAUGAAUUGAAGUGCGACUAUUUGACCAUAGCAGGUCAUAAGAUCUACGCGCCCAAGGGCGUCGGCGCCCUCUUCGUACGGACUAGUCUUUUGGACACGUUACCGCAAACAAUGCAUCGAUUUCUUGAGGCUGUUUCUAGUUCUCCAACUACAGAACCAGCGACUACAGUGCCAACUACUACAGAACCAACUACUACAGCACCGACUACUCCACUUUUGACGACUGAAGACAGCAUUUCAAAAAUCGGGCAGAAGAUCGAGAGAACUUUCCUGGAGAAUCAAGCUUUAGCGGCCUCUCAAGAUGCAAGGGGUCUAGAGGAUGCUUUCGCCUUGCUUCCAUUAAGGCUUUUACCGUAAUUCAUCUUAAGUUGAGGCUCAGAGCAUCUUCAUCUUAAUCUUUGACCUGACUUCCUUAGUGUACAGUUAUUAGGGAAAAAUAGUUCAGAGAUUGAGUAGAUGUAGAUUGUCGCCACUGGCGGUGGAAUAAAGGAAAAGCAAGGGUGAACAGGGCUUUGCAAUUUGCAUUAAUAUCAGUCGUAAGUCUUAGUCUAAGUUCUAUUUCUAAUUCCUCGUGAUGACUCUAUUUUGAUCGCGAAUUGCUCAGUCAUCCUGCCGCAUUUGAUCCGUGGAGCAGGACAAGAACGUGGACUACGCGCAUCAACGGAAAAUGUGCCCUAUUGUGUGGCACUUGGAGCUGCGAGUGAGAUCAUUUAAGGAUUGUCGUAAUAUCAACAUGUAUCUUGACCACUCAGGUAUCACAACAUCUUUGAUCAUCCAGGUUUUCGUGAAAAUAGAGAGUACGAGCAUGAUGAGGGCUACUCUGUCCCAAUCAUGCAACAUCUCGAAGGAAAGGAACUUCGGCAUUGCGAGAGAGAUCGCUAAUCCCCUUUUUCUUUAUAAGGAUAGGAAAACACGUACACGGAAAAGAUUUGUUGAGAUGGGACUCUAAAGAAUGGGCAACUCUCUAGAUACGACUUCUUCCAGUUGUGGACGAGAUGAAGGAGAAAAACCAAGUAGUAGGAAGCUAGCUGACCUGCGAGACCGGUUUGAGGAGCUUGUACUGGCCGGAGUGGGAAAGGACAGAGUAAUUUUAAGGCAGUUGAGGACCCGUGAGGACCUGUGUAAGUUCGUUGAGCUAAACUCGAAAAGCAUCAGGAAAAACUGUUCAAGAACUGUAGUCACGCAAUCAUAAAAAUUCUACGAAUCGCCUCACGAAAUAAGCUUCCAAUCAUCACGUUCUUUAGAAAUACAGGAAAAAAGUAUGUUGAUGUUUGUUACCCAGGAACAAUUGUCUUUGUCACUUCUAACACUAGUGAAUGCCAAAGACGGAAAAGGCUCGACAAGACUGCCGAACACCAGUUCGCUCUCCUUCCUAGACGUGUCAGACGCACGAAAGUUUUUGAACGAUCCUAAGUAUCUAGCUGGAAAAGUCGCAGCUUCAGCUGGUGCCGCAUGCCACUCAGACGGAAGCGCAACCUCGCAUGUAUUGUUAUGACAAAAAAUAUGCAAAAUUUGAUCUAUCUUCCUCUGGUCUUUCUUUUUUCUAGUUUUUAGGUCGGCUCCACCACAAUUAUACCACAGGCCUCGACAACAAACUCGCUUGCAUUCCUCUUGCGUAGAUCCAAGUCCAACGAUAUCCACAGAUGCAAAACUCGCUUAUCAUGUUCCUCUUGCUGACGUUCCUCUUGCUUCGUCUUGUUCUACCUACUCAACCACCCUAGUCUGGUUUCCUUGCUUUCCUCUUGCGUCUUGUUUUUCUCCGAUGCAAGAAAGUCUUGAUUAUAUUUCUACCAUGAUCAUGUAGUGCCAACUUGAUGUACGAUGAUGAUGAUGUAUAGUGAACACCUCGUACAGUGAACCCUAGAAAAGUUUUCUAAUGAAGCAAGCAAUGGGACGAACCUCAAAUGAGAUGGCGGGCACUGUGCGCUUUACUGUAGGCCGCUACAGCACAGAGCGGGAAGUAACUGAGGCUGCAGCUGAAGUCGUCAGUGCUGUAGCGAAGCUGGUGGAAAAGAGCUCGAGGGACGAACAAAGAUUUAGUUGUGAAUAAGGAAGCCUUUGUACUACGAGCAUCGACAGUUAUUUCGGAAUACACUGAAUUUGGGCAGCCUGCCAUACGUAGGCCACGAGGAACAUCUCUUAAUAAAUUUGUGCUCCUUGUAGUUCUCAUAAAUUUGAGAGCACUAAGGACGUCGAGAGCACUUCUAAAAACUGGACAUCACCAAGGCGAAGUAGUUCAGCGAAUAGGUAUUCACUCGCGAAUUUAUUCAUUACACUUGCGGUGGUAUGAUGUCAAUCUUCAAGCCCUUUUCAUGGUACAAGACGUAUUAUAUCGUACAACUACAUCAUCCAGUACUUCAGUAUUGCGCUUUUGAUUGGUUACGGGAUUAAGCAGCUAGAAGAAUCGGUGAUGUAAGUGAAAAUGAAGGAAUGGCUGGCUUGUCUUUUUCCAUGCUACUUGCUGAGUAAUGAAAUUUUAAGUAUUGCGACAAUGUCUAUUCGCUACAAGAACAGCGGACACAACAUCAAUCACGUCAACAUUUAAUUGGGUGGUGAGGGCUCAUUUCUCUAAGCACAGUCGCCUCCUGAAGAAGGGCCGCAUCCUUGUUCGCAGUUGCCUUCUGAAGAAGGACCACAUUCUUAUUCAACCUCUGAAGUGGAGUAUUUGUAUUCUGCACAAGGUCAACAAGCGCGCUCUGAAGUUGAGGGGUCUGCACGCGAGGGUGAUGAGACUCCUUUGCCACAAGCAAGUCCAGAUGCGACACUCGCCCAAUACCUGACACAAACAGCAAAUGGUCCCGCCAUAAUGAGCUCGCCAAAAAGGUGAUUCCGAAUUCUAGAGAAGAAAG